GACGUCCUUGAAUACAAGCGCGUACCGGUAACGAUAGACCAGAACAGAACAGAAAAGAGAAACGAAGCUUGAAGAGAAGAAGAAGAAGAAUAGUCAAUGGAGGAUUUAUGGAAGAGAGCAAAAUCAUUCGCAGAAGAAGCGGCUAAGAAGUCCCAGACCUUAACGUCCACCACCACACUCUCCGAAUUGGUCUCCGAAACUGCCAAAAAGUCCAAGGAGCUCGCCGCCGAGGCCUCCAAGACUGCUGAUCUCAUCAAAACGGCCGCCAUCAAGCAGGCCGAUCAACUCAAAUCACUCAACGUCUCCGACAUUAUCCCUCCUCAACUCUCUUCCAUUUCCAUCCCCAAUUUCUCCGCACCCUCGCCUCAUUCUCAGUCUGAGCUCGAAAAGUUUGGCCUCAACGACGAUCUGAGAGAAUUUGUCAGAGGCUUCACUCCGACUACUUUCCAGAACUUUCCGAUCCAUGACGAACCGGAAGCGUCUGACGUUGCGGUUACGGCCUCGAAUGUGCGUAAGGAUCUGACGGAAUGGCAAGAACAGCAUGCCACGCUGGUUCUCACCAAUGUCAAGGAAAUUUCAAGAUUAAGAUAUGAACUAUGUCCAAGAAUUAUGAAAGAAAGGAUAUUCUGGAGGAUAUAUUUUACACUUGUCAGCAGUCAUGUUGCUCCAUACGAGAAGAAAUACACGGAAGAGAUUAAGCUGAAGUCUGAAGAACAAAAAAAAGCUGAUGAAACCAAGCAAACUCCGUUGGUUGGAGCCUCCGAAAAAGUUGAAGGGACGGAAAAGAACCUGAAGGGUAUAGCUUCCAAAUCGUCAUCUGCUGACCAAGACUUGGAUACUUUUCUUUUGGGAGAUCUUGAAGACAGUGACGCAGGAGGUGCAGAUGAUGGUGACGAAAGCUUCGAUGAUGACUUCGACAAGAUCGAAAACUCGGAUGUCGAAGAAGAAAAUUCCAAGGCAAAAGCCACAAGUAGUUAGAAUAUAAAGUACAAUAAGAAGAAGAAGAUGUAACAGGUGGUAAGAUGAGAUUUUUAAUAGGAUCGUGGCCUUCGGUUGGCUUACAUGACAAAAAGAACGGGCUCUUGAUAAGAAAAAAAUGGUGGUGAAUACUGAUACCAUAUCGAAGUAUUGCAGGCUGUUUCAUUCCCAAAAAAUAAGAGAGGAGGAGAAGAAGAAGAAGAUGAUUGUUGUUUGUAGAGAAAUAUCUGUAAGUUUUUACUCCCUAUCGAUUAUAUUCAAUUGUAUAAAACAACGCUGUCAUCGAUUGACGACUGACUCUUUAUAUAGUACUGGGGAUGGCUGGUUUUCCCUUGCUUGCACUUGUACAGAACCUAUACAUCACUUUGUCAAUUCGAUUGUGGUUGUUUUACAUUUCAAAA